AUGAAAAUUAAUUAUAAAACAGGACACUUAGAAGGACCGGAUGGCAAUAAAAUCAAACUCCACUUUAACGAACCUACUUAUGAAAUACCUCCUCGAUCUGAGACUAUUGUAGAAUGUUCCGUCGUAAAUCCCGAAAUUAAAGAAGGCCUUAUAUUAGAUGAAUACGUUUCGGACAAAUUAUUACUCGCAAAUUGUAUCGUGAAAGUCAAAGAGAAUAAUAGAGUAAACGUAUCCAUUGUUAAUGUGUCAGAAAACCCAAUAUCACUAAAUCCAAAUAUGUUAAUCACUCUGCAUCCAAUUGAAUAUCAUCCAACAUCCAAUCUUGAACAUCAUUUCUCUGAAUCUGCUAUUGACCGCUCGAGAAGAGUAAUUGAAUCAUUACGCACAGCUCAUUUAAAUGAAGAAGAAUCCAAGUCCCUCUUUGAUAUUUGUGCCCAAUACAGUGAUAUAUUCCAUUUCUCAAACGAAUCAUUGACAGCAACCGACACUCUACAACAUGAAAUAAAUACCGACACAAAUAAUCCUAUAAGUGUAAAAACGUAUCGUUUCCCAGAGGCACACAAAAAGGAAGUACAAACACAAGUCGAAAAAAUGCUACAUCAAGGCAUAAUUAAGCCGUCUUCAUCUCCGUGGUCUGCACCUAUAUGGGUGGUACCUAAGAAAAUAGAUGCUUCUGGAACCCAAAAAUGGAGGAUUGUGAUUGAUUAUCGUAAAUUAAAUGACAUCACUAUAGGCGAUACUUAUCCGAUACCAAACAUCACUGAAAUCCUUGAUCAAUUAGGUAAAUCCAAAUAUUUUACAACUUUAGACUUAAGCUCGGGUUUCCAUCAGAUAAAAGUAAAAUCACAGGACACUAAUAAGACGGCAUUUAGUGUACCUCAAGGUCAUUAUGAAUUUACUCGUAUGCCAUUUGGCCUUAAAAAUGCACCAGCGACCUUUCAGAGACUAAUGAACAACGUGCUAGCUGGUCUUCAAGGUGAACGUUGUUUUGUAUAUUUAGACGACAUAGUAGUGUAUUCAUAUGAUUUAAAGUCUCAUAUUAAAAAUCUUAAGUCCGUAUUUCAAAAACUUCGAAGCCAUAACCUAAAACUACAAGCCGAUAAAUGCGAAUUCCUACGAAAGGAAGUGGGGUAUCUAGGCCAUAUUAUUACCGAACAUGGUGUGAAACCUGAUCCAAAGAAAAUCGAAGCUGUACAAAAAUUUCCAAUUCCCAAAUGUGCCAAAGACAUUAAGUCAUUUUUAGGGCUUGUGUCUUAUUAUAGACGGUUCAUUCCUGAUUUUUCCAAGACUGCAAAAUUGUUAACAAAAUUAUUAAAGAAAGACACUGAAUUCGAAUGGAAAUUUGAACAACAGCAAGCUUUUGAAAUCCUGAAGAGUAAACUCAUCUCUCCUCCCAUACUAGCAUAUCCCGAUUUUACUCAGCCUUUUAUUCUCACCUGCGACGCGUCUAAUUAUGCCAUAUCCGCCAUUCUAUCCCAAGGUCCCGUAGGCAAAGACAGGCCAAUAGCUUAUUCUUCACGCACCUUAAACAAGGCGGAAUGCAAUUAUAGUGUAACCGAGAAAGAAUGUUUAGCAAUAGUAUUCGGCACUCAAACUUUCCGGCCCUACAUCUAUGGUCGUCGGUUCACCAUAGUCACAGACCAUAAGCCCCUCCAAUGGCUCUUUAAUUGUAAAGAUCCUGGUUCCAGACUUGUGCGAUGGAGACUAAAGUUGGAAGAGUUUGAUUACGAGAUAGUUCAUAAAAAGGAAAAAUUAACACAAAUGCUGAUGCAUUAUCUCGAUUUCCAGUAA